AUGCCUAGGAACUACAGAUACCUCGAGCUUCUGGCGUCCCGCUGGUUCACGUCAAACCAGGACCUGCCUCGCCUUGCUGGAACGACACACGACGCACACAUGACAUACGACCUGGUGUCCCAAGCCUCGGCCGUGCUUCAGCUGGACCUGCAGCUAACGGCGCAUAGGGACAUCCCGUCAGAUGCCGUUCAGGUACAACACACCGCACCUUUUACGUGCAUGCGACGCGCGAGAGAUGCAGACAAUGAGAGGAAUAAAGGCUCCUCGAGAUGA